UUUUUCGAAUGAUGAAGGGUUAAUUGACAAAUCCUGACCUGACUUGAAUACAUUAACUUAAAUCAAAUAGUUCACUUGAUUGAGUGCCAUAGCACCGAUCUCGGCAUCAGCCGGCUGUAUCUCCAGUGGCUCAGCAAUUUGUUCCAUGUCCUAACUGAACCAUCAAUCAAGUCGAACAGCUCCAACCUGGUUGUGGCGCAACAUCCACCUUGUCGAUGAUCAUAUUGCCCUAAACAAACCAGCACGCGACAUCUCAAACUGUCCAUAUCAAAUCCGCAUUUGCAUGGUAGUCCAAAUGAUGAGCAUGCGACAGACUUAACCCCGACCUCGUUUUCUGUAUUGCAUUUCGAGGGAAUCGAUUCGGAUGGCAGAGCCGUCUCGAGGGAGAGGCUCCCCUCCAUCCAGGCCAUUAACUCCAUCCGAUGACGACCCUUUGAUACCGACCCGUCAAAUCGAAGCCUUUGGCCGCAAAGUCACCGCGACCGCAGGGCAUCUGAUCGGCGGCGGCCCUCUAGGAGAUGGAGGCGUUAGCCAGCAUUAUCAACAUGCUCUCGGAGAGCUUCACCGGGAAUUGAGAAAGCCGGCGCUCCAGCGGUCGAUCUUCAACCUGGCACAGACGACGCCACGCGAAAUCGUCCGAUCCAAGCUCUCCGUCCCCGAAAUCCAACAUCGAGCCCUCUCCUACGUGUCCGACGAGCUCCUCUCACACAUCCCCGAAGACCACAAUUCCUAUUCACUUUUCCAAGGAUUCCAAGCGUCGAUACCGGAAGAGGAGAAAUCUCCGCAUCGGAAGCAUGGCAAACGACGUGACAAGGGGAAGCUAUUGGAGGAUGGCAGUUCGGACGAAUCUGGUCGUCCACGGGUUGCACAGCUCAAGCAUGAGAAAUGGAGCAUGACCCAUCGAUUGGAGAUGAUGGAGGUUCGCAAAAAUAUGUGCAGUGUGGAGAUACGCGAGAUCGAUAACAAGGUCACCAACCUACAAGCAAUGCGCGGGAUCGUCCUCGAACGACUUGCGAACCUCGAGCAGGAAGAGAUGGAACUGGAGAAUGAUAUCGCCACCGUCGAUAAUAAGCUCGAGGUGGCGCAGGAACUCGAAGAUGAGGAGGCAGCGGCCGUGGAGAAGAGUCCGGCAGCAGAGACGGACCCGGGAUCACCUCAAGACGAGUUCAUGUCGGAAUCUCUCUACCAGAAACUGCCGUCAAGGCCCAAACGGAAACGGCCAAACCGGAGGAUAUCCAUGCCAAUCCUUCAUGAGCAUCUCCACCCUGGUUCUCAGAUCAAGGAGUUUCAAGCGCACAACGAUAUGAUCACGGCGAUCGAUUUUGAUUAUCCAUUUGGAACCAUGGUGACGGCCGCACUAGACGAUACAGUACGAGUGUGGGAUCUCAACGCCGGAAGAUGUAUGGGCUUUCUAGAGGGACAUCUAUCCUCCGUGCGUUGUUUGCAAGUCGACGAUAACAUCGUCGCGACGGGAUCGAUGGACGCGACCAUUCGAUUAUGGGACCUCAGUAAGGCAGAAUACUCGCCUCUGGAGACCGAUAACGAUACCGUCCCUGUCGGGGAGGACGACGACGAUGCCUUGGGCUUCAGCAACGAGGAAGACGCCCCUCCACCGCCACCUCCGACGAGCAUGCAAGAAUGCCCCCUUUUCUCUCUCGAAGCCCAUGUCGCCGAAAUCACCGCGCUGCACUUCAAAGGCAACACGCUCGUCUCCGGAUCCGCAGACAAGACACUACGUCAAUGGGACCUUGAAAAGGGCCGCUGCAUUCAAACAUUAGAUGUUCUCUGGGCCGCUGCGCAAGCCUCGGCCACCCUGAACUCCAACGACGGACUGUGGCGGCAGACGGGCCGUUUACCCGACGCUCAAGCCGAUUUCGUCGGAGCGCUGCAGUGCUUCGAAACUGCGCUCGCGUGCGGGACCGCCGAUGGCAUGGUGCGGCUGUGGGACUUGCGGAGUGGGCAAGUGCAUCGGAGUCUGGUCGGCCAUACGGGACCAGUGACGGCACUGCAGUUUGACGAUGUGCAUCUCGUUACAGGAAGUUUGGACCGUAGUAUCAGGAUUUGGGACCUUAGAACGGGCUCCAUAUACGAUGCCUUUGCGUAUGACCACCCCAUUACCAGCAUGAUGUUCGAUACGCGCAAGAUCGUCGCGGCCGAGGGCGAAGACGUCGUGAAGGUCUACGACAAGGUGGAUGGGAAACAUUGGGAUUGCGGUCCGGGUACUGUUGCGGAACAGGGCACGACUCCUACGAUAGAGAAAGUACGGAUCAAGGAUGGGUAUCUAAUCGAAGGUAGAAAAGACGGUAUGGUUGGCAUUUGGUCGUGCUAGAGGGGGCCUAAUCCAGGACGGAGUGUACAUAUUCUGUAUGAUAUGCAUAAACGAAUUGCCUUGUAUUUUGAUCAUUGAUGUAGG